ACCUUUCAACGCUCAUCCGUUUCAUCACGUCCAAAUCUCAGCCCUUCUACUACGAUCAUGAUCCUUAACAAUGUUAUCGAUACCUGUACAUACGAUAGUAAUCGUGAUCUUUCUGCAGUUCAACAACUUUCUUGUGUCUGCACACCCACUGGACCAAGCUCUAUAUGCUCCUCGAGACCAACCCCCUUCCGUGCAGUUUGGCGAACAUGUACAAGGUCGUACAACCGUUGUGGUAUUCUGCCUGAUUUACGCAAUCUUACUCGCUUUGGCUCAAGGUUAUCGAGCUGGUCGAACUUCUGGUCGGAAAACGCGGGCGAGGUUCUCUGAUUACCUUAUUUGGGGACAAGGGAUCGUCAGUACUGCCAUGAUUUUCAAUGUUGGUAUCAGCUCCGCAGGACUCGGACUUGCCACAGACGCACAAUGUUACAGAGCAAUACGAGUAUGUAUUGCCAUGUACGGAGCCGCAAAAAUUGCAUUAUAUCUAUUCUUGCUUGAACGAGUUCACAUUGUACGAGCACCCUUUAUUGAUCGAUUCCGGGAUCGCGUGUGGGUCGUUGGUGCGAUCCUAACCGUUGGAGGCUUUUGUGGACUCAUGGGCUUUCAGUACGUCUCACCAAACGCGCGUCUGUCGCGUAAAGAUGGGUUAUGUGUAAUCGGCAUUCAACCGGAUUCUGGAAUCGCGGUCAUUGCGUUGGAUACGGUUAUCAACGUAGCCUUGACUGGCAUCUUCAUCUGGCAGUUGCGCCCAGUUCUGGGCUCUCUCGUGCCAUCACAGCUCAGCGACACCUCUAGUUCCCUCAGAUCAGCAGGACGGACCAUCGUGAAUCUGUCCAGACGUUCAAGCAACGUUAUGGAACAGUCGUCGUCUCGGGCCAAUUCUCAGCGCAACUUAAAAAUGAUGCUUUUUCGCAAUGUUGUUGGAUCAAGCCUACUGCUCACGACAACAAUCGCGGUCAACACUAUCUUUCUCAGCUGGCCUCGCGCAACGGCUAGUCAUAUAUGCCUCUUGACGUGCAUGACAGACGUUGUGAUGGGCAUGCUAGUCACUAAUUGGCUGACUGUGCGCGCGACACCGAAUUCCAGUGAGAGCUCGAGACAGACUGCAAGUACCUCUGAGAAGAGUGUGAUCAGGCGUCUACCAACGCUAGAGGUUGGGCAAAUUCCAGACGCUAUACAAACUGGCGUUACGAAGCCUGUUCCAGUGGCCAAGGUACAGCGGGAGAUAUAAUUCAACUGAGGUCGUGGUAGAAGCAUCUUCGUAUAAGUCCGAGCAACACUAAACACUAAUAAAACAUUCAGGUCAUACUAUAUGAUCAGUCACCAACACACG